UAAGGUAUAGGGAGAGGAAGGGGGAGAGGGACUGGGAGGAGGGAGAGGUGAGGGAUUUUUGUCUGUCUUUGCUAUUCUCUGGUUGAUUUUGCUCUACAAUUUUCUUUUGUACUCGGAGGAAGAGAGAGAAAUUCGAUUGUUUCUCUCUCUUCUUGUGAAUCGAUUUCUUUUUUUUCUAAAUUUUCGAAAAUUUUAUUUUCAUUGAAGGAAGGGGAAGAUAUUAGGGUUUGUACAAAGAAAUCAUGAAUGUGAUGCGUCGGCUGAAGAGCAUUGCUUCUGGUCGUACUUCUAUCUCUUCCGAUCCUGGUGGGGAUUCUGGCAUAAAGAGGGCAAAGGUUGAUAAAGAAACGGAGGGGGAUGGGAGAAAAAAUAUGGUUGAGAGAAGUUCCACCAGUCUAGAGCAGCAUAUGGCUUCUACAUCUCUGGAGCCUCAUGCCAGUACAUCCAAUAUCUCUGCAGUUGCUAGAACAGAAAGAUCGGGCUAUGAUCAGUUACCUAAGGAAAUGCAUGAGAUGAGAAUUAGAGAUGACAGAAAUGCCAACCAUGAUGAUAAGCAGGAUAUGGAACCAUCUGUUGUGAAUGGUAAAGGAACAGAAGCUGGUCAGAUAAUUGCUACGACAGUGGGUGGUCGAAAUGGACAACCAAAGCAGACAAUCUCUUUUAUGGCAGAGCGUGUUGUUGGCACUGGUUCCUUUGGUGUUGUCUUUCAGGCUAAGUGUCUGGAAACAGGAGAUUCAGUUGCAAUAAAGAAGGUGCUGCAGGAUAAAAGAUACAAAAAUAGGGAACUCCAGAUUAUGCGCGUACUUGACCACCCUAAUGUUGUUCAACUGAAGCACUGUUUCCUUUCAACUACUGAAAAAGAUCAGCUGUACCUUAAUCUUGUCUUAGAGUAUAUAUCUGAAACCGUCUACCGUGUUUCAAAGCAUUAUAGCAGAAUGAACCAACAUGUGCCCAUCAUUUAUGUGCAGCUGUAUACAUACCAGAUAUGUCGUGGUUUGAAUUAUUUGCACCAUGUUGUUGGAGUGUGCCAUCGUGAUAUUAAGCCACAGAAUUUACUGGUGAAUCCCCACACUCACCAGCUAAAGAUUUGUGAUUUCGGGAGUGCAAAGAUGUUGGUGCCAGGUGAACCCAACAUAUCAUACAUAUGCUCAAGAUAUUAUAGGGCCCCAGAACUUAUAUUUGGGGCUACAGAAUACACCACUGCUAUUGAUAUAUGGUCCGUCGGUUGUGUCUUGGCUGAGCUUCUUCUUGGACAGCCACUGUUUCCUGGGGAGAGUGGAGUUGAUCAGCUGGUGGAAAUUAUUAAGAUUUUGGGGACACCAACCAGAGAAGAAAUUAAGUGCAUGAAUCCCAACUACACUGAAUUUAAAUUUCCCCAGAUCAAAGCUCAUCCAUGGCACAAGAUAUUUCAUAAGCGAAUGCCCCCUGAAGCAGUGGAUCUUGUGUCACGCUUGCUGCAAUAUUCACCAAACCUACGUUGUACUGCUUUGGAGGCAUGUGCACAUCCCUUCUUUGAUGAUUUGAGAGACCCAAAUGCAUGCCUACCUAAUGGGCGACCUCUACCUCCUCUUUUCAACUUCACGGCACAAGAAUUGGCCGGUGCAUCUACUGAACUGCAACAGCGACUCAUUCCGGAGCAUCUCAGAAAAUAAAACAGUAUUCAAGUUCAGUUACACCUGUAGGCAAUGUUAAUCAGUUUUUGGAUGUGUAGUUGCCACAAACCAUCUCAUCCUGGCGUGGUCUGGGUGUUACAUCAUCUAUAUUCUUUAAUCGCUUUAUGGCUGGCUGGGAGGCUACUCAGGGAUUCAAUCGGAUCUGCAGACACAAUUGUAUUGUAGAUGGAAUGUGAUUAAACGGCAAGGAGGUUUGACAAUUUAUUUAUAACAUUGUGAUUUGCUGAAGUUGUGAAAGAAAUUUAUCUACAAAAUUGUUAUCUUUGUCAUAUGUAAGUUUUACCAGUGUUCAUUACGGAGAUCAAUUUAUCAAAUAGAUGAAUUAGGGCG